UAUCUUAUUUUCGAUGAUUAUAUCAGUUACUCUUCUUACUACUGACACCGUAGUACUGAAGUCACAUCAUCUAGUUGAUCUUCUGAGGGUACGUGAGGUCACAUAGUCCGGUUUCAAGCUUCGGUCAGUUCCUCUCGCAUUCAGUGAUCCUUCUUCUAUCGCACUUGGGGUGAUGAUAUCUCUCCCUUGCCGUAGCACGUGUGUUGUACCUUUUUUAUGGUACAACACACUUGUCAAUCUCUAGCUGUGAGAGCAUAGGGGGGUCUAGCCUUAGGACUGGAUACAGGCGCUCUAGGUGGGAAUCAAACGUGCAACUCCCGCUCCAAAGGCGUGAAGACCAUCCGACUCUGCUAGAUCAAACACACCUGGUGACCCCACAAUAAUAAAGGUUGAAGCUGAGGGCCAUGGCUCGUGGGCAGCAGAAGAUUCAGUCCCAGCAGAAGAACGCCAAGAAGGCAGCAGAGAAGAAGAAAUCUCAGGGCGCUGACCAGAAGACUGCAGCCAAGGCCGCCCUGGUCCACACCUGCCCUGUCUGCCGGACACAGAUGCCCGACCCCAAAACCUUCAAGCAGCACUUUGAGAGCAAACAUCCCAAGUCCCCCAUGCCCCCCGAGCUUGCAGAUGUUCAGGCAUAAAGGACUGCUGACUGGACCUGGACCUGAAUCUGGAUACACAAUGACUACGGAUUAAACAUCGACUCGCGGCACCUGAAGGACGUUGGCGACGAACGCUGGGACCUCUCAGAAUUCACGGACAUCGGGUUGGGAAGGCGGGACGGGGCGGAUGUGUGUAUGUGCUGUGUACGUACAUGUUUGUGUAAGAGAAAACAGUAAUGAUGGGGCAGGCGUACACCAGCAGCCCAAUUUUAUAUUUAUUGUGUACAACUACCUUGUUAUCCCAGGUUGGGGAGGGGGGGAAGCAGAACCAGCAAGAUUAUCUGUGUGCUUACACUGAAUCAAAAUUGUGACUAAUGACGGGGAUCUGGAAAAGCUUCAAUAGGAUGUAAAAUAAAAUUUCUGAAUGUG